AUGACUACAGUAGAAAUACCGAAAUUCAAUUCACAAGAUGAAGAGAUUGCAUAUUGGAAGAAGUCAUUGGAGGAUAAACAACAGGAAUUGGAUGAUUUGGAAAUCAAUUUCAAUGAAUAUCAAGAGUUUUCCAAGCAAUUGGAAGAGGAGAUGGAAGGUGAACUGAAAGCAUGUGAAAAGAAAUACUCAGAGAUACAAUCACUACAUGCGAGGACAAAGAAUGAAUAUGAAUCAGUACAAGAUAAAUUAAAUAAUGUUUCUAGAGAGUCUUCAAAGCUAAUAUCAAGUCUACAAGAUGAAGUGUCAAAGUUACAACACGAUAGAACAAACCUGCUGCAAGAUCGUAGAAAGCUGGAGCAAGAAAACGAUUCAUUGGAGAGGCGUGAGCGUGUUGCAUCGGCAUCGGUCAGUGAUCUGACAUUCAAGUUGGAUAAACUGAUGGAGGAGAACGUUUGGAUACAGAGUGAGCUGGAAGAAUCGAAAGCGGCUGCCGAUGAAACCAUACAGAGACUACGAGAAGACAUCAGGGAUCUCAGACAAGAGCUAUCGGCCAGAGAAAGAAAGAAUAUAAUUAAACCAAUUUCAACAGAGAAAUCUAAACGUGAAAACCCAAUGUCAUUUCAUAUACCUAGACCCAAUAAAUCACAGAGACAAAAAGCAGAAGAUACACCGGCUACCGGUGCUUCUAGUUCACUAUCUGUUGUUUCAGAGUUAAUCAAUUUGGUAACUGAUCUAGAAAGUAGAAUUACAAAUUUCAGAAGUAAAACAGUUUCAUCCAAUAGUAGUAGUAAUAAUAAUAAUAAUAAUAAUAGUACAUCACCAAUUUCAUCACCAACAGCAUCACCUUUAUUACGUUCUUCACAGAAUCUAGCGAAUUUCAAUCAAUCACACCCAAUACCUUUUCCAAUGUUGUCAGAGCUGAGUGGCAAUAGCAAUAGGAAUAGCAACUCAGUUUCAUCAACACCAACCAAUCCCUCAAUUUUUUCAAUGAUCUCAACCAGCAAUAGUUUAAAUGGACAGUCGGCGACACCGCAAUCUGCCAACGGCAAAGAAAUGUACAAAGACACUGAAGUAAUAUCCGAUCGAAAUGAACUGAGUGUAAUAAUGGAGGACAGAGACACAAAUUUAGACAACACAAUCGAAUCAUAA